AUGUCGCAGCUCUACAUACGCCGCAGCAGGUCGAUCGUCAACGAUGAGUCACUCUCGGAGAGUGUCUUCACCACCCCGGGCGACUGGGACUGUAGCAUGAACCUAGCGGUACAUCGCAAGCACCGUAGCGAAUUCAAGAUCGAAUGUGUCUUUCCGUCUGCGGGGUUCCUGAAGCAGCUGUUGCUGCCCAUAAACCCGUCGCUGGGAGGGCGCAAUGCCGCCGUAUUCAAGGUCAAUGCAUUCGACUAUGCAAACAACCAGAUGAAGAGUCUAUUCUACAUUCACCUGGUUUUCGACCCCAACUGUGAGUUGUCGCCUGACUCUCAGCAGCUGGAAUCUGCGCAGGCGAUGUACACAUGCGUGCGCGUGCCCAAGUCCCGGCUGCUGAAGUACUCCAUCACGUCGAUGGAUGGCAGCGACUACCGGCACAUCGUGGACAUCGCAGUGCCGCUGCAGUCGCUGAUGGUGUGUUUAAACAUGUAUUCGCACAAGCAAGAGAUGGUGAUGACGUACGAUAGCGACGAUCGGCAGAUUGUGCUGAACGGACGAUGCGUGAGCUACGCCGAAUACUGGCACACGAGCGACAUCGGACAGUCUAUGGUCUGCAGGCUGAAGACAAUCAACCUGAAUCCGCUGCAAUUGCCCUUCGACGGGUCGGACUUCAACUUCGUCGACGUGGACUAUUUUUCAAUAUCGCCAAAACUGUUAUACCCGUGCCUCCACGAUAUCGCAUCAGACUCCGCGAGCAGCAAGCUCGUCCUGGAGCUAGUACCACCCGACGACACCAACAGCAGAUGUGUGCUGGGCCUUGGUAAGCGUGAUGAGCUUGAGCACAGCCUCCUUGGUCAGGCCACCACAGGUGAACCUGCCGCGGUGAAUGAAGGUGAGGCCCGGUAUGCCCGAGGCCUUCUCCAACUCCUGGUUGGUGAGACCGGCGAGCCUCUCGGGGAAGGGCCUCCUGCAGGUGAACUGUUGCCCGCGCUCGCUGAUACAGCUACUUCUCCACUGUCCAGUCGCACUCUCGUAAUUGACGUAGAACGCCACGCGCUCAUCAGUUGGUGUUCCCUCCUUGUCCUCCAAUUGAUACAGAAAACGGAAGAAAGGCAUGCCCCUCGGAGUCUCGACCACGAGCCCCGAGGUGUGGGUCUGGAACCGCUGCUGGUAGACCUGUACGAACUUUUGCUUAGCGACUAG